CCACGUUGACUGCAAACAGUAGCUCAGUUACAUUUUAGCAUGGUUUUAGUGGUUUAUUUUAUUUAUCCACACAGCUUCUAACGAGCUGUGAGGCGGCAAAACGUUUUAAUGUUACGGGACGUUAGCUAGUAACGGCUUAUUUUAAACCAGGUUGAGAGUGUAUUCAGUCAGGACAAGGUACGAGACGUAACGUAGCGGAAAGAACUGCAUUUAAUGAACACAAUGAUUAAGUGUUUGCCUACAGAGGUCCAGGGGAAACUUCGCUCUGGUGUCGCUAUCCCCUCACUUCAGCAGUGCCUGGAGGAGCUCAUCCUGAACAGCGUCGAUGCCGAGGCCACCUGUGUGGGAAUCAGGAUGGACAUGGAGGCGUUCAAAGUUCAGGUAAUCGAUAACGGCGCUGGGAUGAAUGCCGAGGACAUGGAGUGCAUCGGAAACAGAUACCACACAAGCAAAUGCAGCUCUGUUGAAGACCUUGACAACCUCCGCUGGUAUGGUUUCAGAGGAGAAGCCCUGGCAAGUAUAGUGUCUCUAGCCACGCUCGUAGAAAUCUCAUCCCGGAGCAGGUCAUCAGUGAAAACUCACGUCAAAAUCUUCAAAGGUGGCAAGGGCAUGGUGGUGUUUGAGUCAGACGCUGUUCGACCCUGUGCAGGGACAACUGUUGUCAUUUGUAACUUCUUUCACAACAUGCCUGUCCGGAGGAAGAGGAUGGACGCUGUCCUGGAGGGUGAGAGGAUCAGACAGAGACUGGAGGCCAUUUCUCUCAUGCAUCCCUCUGUGUCUUUCACCCUGAAGAAUGACUGCACAGGAGCCAUGAUGGUGCAGCUUCCCAAAGCUAGAAACACCUACCACAGGUUCAUUCAGAUACACAGCCUUGGGCGAGCACAGAAACUGGGAGAGGUAAGCCACACACAUGGACAGUUUGAAGUGAUGGGCUACAUCGGCAGAGAAGGUCACUACAACAGCAGCUUGCAGUUCCUGUAUGUGAACGACAGACUGCUCCUGAAAACCCGGAUUCAUAAGCUGCUGAACUUUCUCCUCCGCAGGCUGAGCAGUUCAAAUCAGAGAAGUGACAGUCCAGACUGGCAGCCUGCCAUCAGGAGUCCCAAGCACAAACGAAGCCAAGAGCUGCAUGGAGUAUACGUCAUCAAUGUUAAAUGCUCUUACUCAGAGUAUGACAUAUGUCUGGAGCCGGCCAAAACUCUUAUAGAGUUCAAGGAUUGGGAUGGCAUUUUGCUAUGUAUAGAAGAGGCAGUGAAAGCUUUCAUGAGCCGGGAGAACUUGGUGGCUGUACUUUCUCAAGAUGAUUUGGACUGCGUAUCUCCCAAAUUGUUUGCCGCUCACGAUACAGGCCGAGAGGCGCACAGCAGUGGCAACGCUGGCCAAGCAACUAGCAGUGUGUCCGCACUAGAUUGCAGUAUUGGGACAAAACUGGCGUCUGAUCCUGUUCACCGCCAGCGCAGAGACGACUGUGGAUGUGAGGACAGCGUUUGCCAGGAGUCUGGUCCGAUGGAGUGCAAAGAUGAGACUGAACAAAUGGGGCAGAAAGAGAUAACCGCAAAUGAGUUGGAAGAGAUAAAAAGUGGAGAAAGCAUAAACAAAGAGUGUGGAGCUGAGCCGCUGUGUGAUCUGGCUAGACUGGAAGCUGCAUCUGAUAAUAACACUAGUGAAGAACAGCAGCCAGUGUUCAGUGAAGCUGGGGGAGGCUCUCAAAUUGUAUGUAUGUCAAGGUCAGUUAGACAACUUAAAAGUGAAAAACUGGAACUCAAAAAAGAAAGGGAGGAAAGAUUAGACAGUACUACCUUAACCAGUAAGGUGACUUCACUAGACAGCAGCACUAAAAAAAUUCUGCUUGAUUCAAACAGUACUGAACAAAUACCCUGCCAGGCUACAGAAGGGCACGGACAGAUUUUAUUAAGUAACAGAAAGAUAAGCCUGUCUGAUCCAUACAUUCAUGACAGUCUGCAGACUCGGGACUCGUCCCAAAUUAACAGGUCAGUAUUUCACCAGCAAAUGUUUGCACAGAAAUGUGAAGAGAGAUCCUUUCCAUCAAAACGCAAAAUAUCACUGGAUGCAGGUCCUGAUAGACCGUGUCAGAAAAUAUGUAAAGACUUUGCUCCUUUUAUUCCCUCAAAGAUUCCCAGAAUUGUAACUUGUCAAAAGUUGUCUUCGGGUAAGGAGGCUGGAUCUCUUGAGAAGUUUAGAAGAAUAUACGGUAGUCACGACGAGCUGAAAUUACUCUCUCAUGAGACUCUUCAAGAGAUGAAUACUAGACUCCCUCAGACAGGCAGCUUUCCCCAUAACUUGAUGGUUUGCCAGAAAGAUCAGCAAGAUGGCAAUGUUACAGAAACAGCAAAAGAAGAGACACAAAGUGGUCUCCGAAGCCCACCAACCCUCUCAGUUUUCAGCCAGUUAAAACCAGUGUCGGCACAGAAUAGAGGCAAAACGUCUUUGGCAGCUAAACUCUGCCAUUUGAAACAACACAGGACGGACAAUUCAAAAAUAUUACCACACCUGACCAGGACUACCUCGCAGGCGACAGCCGGUCUCAGUGGAGGUAAUGUUGGCAUCCAGGACAGCAACAACAACGAGAAUCACUGCGACACUGCACUGAAUCCUGAGCCAGCUCCGGGUUGCAGUACAACGUCCGGUGACUGGCUUCAUCACUAUGACACAUCUGUGGGAAAGACAGUUUAUAUCAACAAAGUGACUGGACUCAGCCGAUACGAGGACCCGCCCACUGAAGAAACAACCGCACGCUGUACAUCUGAUGUCACCAACAUGGCAGUUAGUGUCAUCUCAGAAAUGGGGAUGGAAUACAGAUGUUACCCAUUUCAAUUGGAUCUAGUGUUGCCCUUCCUGCCUAAAUCCAGGACAGAAAGAGUGAUUAGUUCAGGGCUUGAUGGCAGAGAUGAUACUGGUGAGAGCUCCAACUCUCUUACCUCAUUGUACUCAAAAUGGAAUAAUCCUGUGUUUGUCCGACCUCCUACGGUUGGUGUGGAUAUAUCCAGUGGGCAGGCUGACGGACUGGCUGUCAAGAUCCACAACAUCCUGUAUCCAUACCGUUUUUCUAAAGCCAUGAUUAACUCAAUGAAGGUCAUUCAUCAAGUGGAUAAGAAGUUUCUUGCAUGUCUUAUCAAUACAAGCGAUGAAGACCCUGCAGCAGUCACAGAAAAUGAAGGAAACCUUCUGGUGCUGGUGGAUCAACACGCUGCACACGAGAGAGUUCGACUUGAAAAUCUAGUUGCAGAUUCCUAUGAGGAUGACCCAGAUGCAGCAGGGGAGAGACGUCUGUGUUCAUCAACCAUUUUGCCACCUCUUGAGAUCAGUGUAACAGACGAGGAGCAAAGGCUGCUUAGGUCUUGUCAGCCACAUUUACGGAGUUUGGGCCUAGAAGUGAAGUUCUCACAGGCCGCGGUUCCACAAGUUCUUGUAGGGAAGGUACCACUGUGCUUCAUGGAAAAGGAGAGCAAUGAGCUCAGGCGGGGGAGACCAUCUGUUAUCAAGCCUAUUGUUGAGGAGUACCUUCAAGAGCAGAUUGAGUUACUCCGCUCAACUGGUAGAGUUAAAGGGACUCUGCCUCUCACUGUGCUGAAGGUGCUAGCCUCCCUAGCAUGCCACGGUGCCAUCAAAUUCAAUGACAGCCUGAGUAGAGAUGAGUGCUACAGCUUGGUGGCGUCCCUGUCUUCCUGCCAGCUGCCCUUCCAGUGUGCCCACGGCCGUCCAUCCAUUGCUCCCUUAGUAGACAUCCUCCAUUUGGACCAAGACCAGAAGGAAUCACAGAAACCCAACCUGCAGAAGCUGAGAAGAAUGUAUAAAGCGUGGGAACUAUAUGGAAAUAGAUAAGUGGGUGUGUAUUUUUUAAAUGUGUACUUUAUGUAACUUUAUGUAAUAAGAAUUCCCUUAUAACAUGGCUGAAAUAGUCAAUGUGGCCAAAACUUUUUGGUUUCUACCAAAGCAACUGUAAAUUCAUACGAAGACAUAUGUCAGAAAUGAAUAACAUUACGUUUUGUAAGAAGAGAGAAAGAGGAGAGGAAACGCUAAAAUAAAUGAACUGUUUCCAAACAUGUGGUCCACUUGAUUAUCAAGCUGAGUUCGGGUUGUGCUGGAAAAAAUGUAUUCAGUCAAACAACUUCUUUGCCUUGAAGAACCGUCUCUAAUAGAAAACAUGCCACAUGGUCAAUGCACUCAUGGAAAUAAUGCUGAAGAGGAGCAAUGG